GGCGGGAGGGGCGGGGCCUCGCCGGCGCCGUCAAGUAGCCCGGGGAACUGCCGGCGCGGCUCGGAGCGGGUGGGCGGCCGAAAGGCCGGAGCCGCGCGGUGCAGCACCUGGAGCACUGGCUGCGUCUUCCCGCGGCGCUGCCCGCGAUGCCCCCGCCGCGCCGGGCUGCGCUGGGCCUCCUACCGCUUCUGCUGCUGCUGCUACUGCCGCCAGCGCCGGAGGCCGCCAACAAGCCGACGCCCUGCCAGCGGUGCCGGGGGCUGGUGGACAAGUUUAACCAGGGGAUGGUGGACACCGCAAAGAAGAACUUUGGCGGCGGGAACACGGCUUGGGAGGAAAAGACGCUGUCCAAGUAUGAGUUCAGCGAGAUUCGCCUGCUGGAGAUCCUGGAGGGGCUGUGUGAGGGCAGUGACUUCGAGUGCAACCAGAUGCUGGAGGCGCAGGAGGAGCACCUGGAGGCCUGGUGGCUCCAGCUGAAGAAUGAGUAUCCUGACUUAUUCGAAUGGUUUUGUGUGAAAACACUGAAAGUGUGCUGCCUUCCAGGAACCUAUGGCCCCGACUGUCUUGAGUGCCAGGGCGGGUCCCAGAGGCCCUGCAGCGGGAAUGGCCACUGCAGUGGAGAUGGCAGCAGACAGGGCGACGGGUCCUGCCGGUGCCACGUGGGGUACCAGGGCCCGCUGUGCGCUGACUGCAUGGAUGGCUACUUCAGCUCCCUCCGGAACGAGACCCACAGCUUCUGCACAGCCUGCGACGAGUCCUGCAAGACGUGCUUGGGCCCAACCAAUAGAGACUGCGGCGAGUGCGAAGUGGGCUGGGUGCUGGAGGAGGGCGCCUGCGUGGAUGUGGAUGAGUGCGUGGCUGAGACACCUCCCUGCAGCGCCGCACAGUUUUGUAAGAACGUCAACGGCUCCUACACGUGUGAAGAGUGUGACUCCAGCUGCGUGGGCUGCACAGGGGAAGGCCCAGGGAACUGUAAAGAGUGUAUCCCCGGCUACGCGAGGGAGCUCGGACAGUGUGCAGACGUAGAUGAGUGCUCACUGGCAGAAAAAGCAUGUGUGAGGAAAAACGAAAACUGCUACAAUACUCCGGGGAGCUACGUCUGCGUGUGUCCUGACGGCUUCGAGGAAACAGAAGAUGCUUGUGUGCCGCCGGCCGAGGCUGGUGAGUGGUGCGGCUCCCGCUCCACAGCCUGCCCUCCCGGGGCACGGGGUUUGCAUGGAGACUGGUUGCUUGGUCUGAAAUCCACACAGACAGUGGCCUUGGGAUGGUGAGAGUGGGGUUCCCGGGAGACAGGUGCGUGGCACCUCUGUGGGCGCAUACUUGUGCAGAGGUACCAGCUUCCUGAGGAUGAAGCCCCGGGGUUCACAGCACAAAUGGAAGUGAAGGUGAUGGAAGGGAGAGUCUCUGGAGCUCAGACCUCAGUGGGCAAUGAGCAGGGGAGCAGACGUGGGGAAGAGCAGCUGAUGAGCUGGAAAAGUCAUCUGGGGAAGGCGCCACGGAAACAAGGACAGGCAGGAAAGGGUGGAGGGCAAGCGGGUUCCCCAGCUAUACCUGUUUCCCAGGGCUGCCUCACCAAGAACCAGGGACUCGGGGCUCCAGCACCAGAAAAGUGCCUCUCACAGCUCUGGAGCCAGAAGUCAGAGGCCCAGAUGCAAGCAGGCUGCUUCCUUGGGAGGCUGGCGGGGGUGCUUGUUUCCGCCUCUGUCCUCGCCUGGGGGCGGCGCCACCUGCUCCCAUGUCUUCACAUGGGCUCCCUGCGGACAUCUGCAAACCUCCCCUCUUCAUAAGGACGCGCGUCACUAAUGCCCUCAUGUCAGCUUGACCAUCUGUAAAAGCCAUGUUUCCAAACACGGUUGCAAUCACAGACUGUCGCCCAUGGCAGUCCUCAUAGAAGUCUAGAACAUAGAGAGGGGAAGGAAGCAGUGUUCAGCGAGAUAUUGGCCAAGAAUUUUCCAGAAUGAAUAGGGCAUGACUCAGAUUCCAGAAGCUGUUUCCUGAGCAGGACACAUAAAAGCAAUUCCUCAUCUAGAAGCAUCGUUGUAAAUAGAAAUCCCACAACAGGAGAACUGGGGCGUCAGCAGAGAUAGGCCAGAGGACAAGGCUGCUUGCCACCCCGUCGAUUCCCUCUGCCUGGGGCAGGGGCAGCCCUGCCUCUUGCCCCUCCCUCUCCCCACCCUCGGUCCUCUCUUGCCCCCUUCCCCCACCGUUGCUCAGGCUCUUUUGCAGGGCUGCAAGGAACCCCUGGCCACUCCCAACUCCGCAUCCUCCAUGCCAACGCAGUGUGGCAGCUCUGAAGUGCCACAUGCCACAUCUCUCAUCCCCUGUGGGGAACCCGGGGUCUCCAAGCUGCCCUUGGACAGGCCGCUGUGUCCGGGGCCUUGAGCCAGGACUGGCCGGGCAGGCCCUGCACGUGCCCCUGCUGUUCCGGUAAAGGCCUCAUCCCAGGGCCGUGGUGCUGAGCUCUGACGACUGUGCUUGU